AUGGGUGAUAGUUCUCAAAAUACUCAGUUGAGAACUCUCACUUAUGCUGAUCAAGUUAAGGGAAAACAACAGUUGCCAACAACCUCAAUAGACCUAAGUUCGCUACCUAUUCCAACGGUGAAAGAAGGGAAACUUGCUGUGGUGCUUCCUGAAUUGUUCUAUUUGGAAGGAUGUGAUAUUUGGAAAUUUACCCUUAUUGGGAGUUUAGAUUUAAAAGGAGUUAACUUUCAAGAUGUGAAGAACAACCUUGAGGAACAAUGGCAGUUAGGUCAGGGACGUGUCCAAUUUGUUCCAAUGAAUAGGGGUUUCUUUACAAUCAAGUUGCAAUCACAAGAUGAUAAAGACAAGUUGUUGAAUGUUAAAGCAUGGUUUUUCGAUCAUCAAAAGCUAAACCUAAUUGAAUGGUUUCCAGGUUUUGACGCUGACAAACAAAGGACCUCACAUGCUUCCAUGUGGGUCAAGUUUCCAGGCUUGCCGCUAGAGUUUUGGAUUGAAAAAACGCUACUUGCCAUCGCAAAAUCGUUGGGUACUCCAAUAGUGCGUACUCUUGAACAUGAAUAUGGACAUUUUGCUUCAGUCUUGGUUGACAUAAACUUUGCUGAAACGGCUACAGAUUCUAUUCAUGUUAUUGUAGGGGGUUUGGACUUCUGGCAGCCGGUGGAGAUUCAAAAAAAGCCAAAAUUUUGCACAAAGUGUAAGAUUAUUGGGCAUAAUGAUCAGGAAUGCAAGAAACAAACAUCAAACUCUUCUGUUCAGGCACCUGCACAAUAA